AUGUCUUCAAACGAUAGGGCAGAGCCUAUCGCCAAGGGCAUCCUGCCCACAGCCGUGCAGUCUUUCAAAGAUCUCUUCAUUUGGAAGCAGCGCGUGGAAGUCAUCAACGAGUCUGGCGAAUCUCACGCAGAAUGGCAGUCACCAGAGCCUCUCAAAAACCCGAUCAGUUUGAUGGCCCAGCUAUCUGCUCGAGACUGGCUCUUCUUUCUGGUCGGACUAGCAGCAUGGACUGCCGAUGCCUUUGACUUCCAUGCCCUUUCCAUCCAGACCAAGAAGCUUUCCGACUACUAUGACCGCUCCAAGACAGAUGUUACGACUGCCAUCACGCUUACCCUCCUCCUCCGAAGCGUUGGUGCUGCUCUCUUUGGACUGGCUGGUGACAGGUAUGGUCGAAAAUGGCCGAUGGUGGUGAACAUGAUUGUCCUCGGAGUGUUGCAGGUUGCCACGAUCUACAGCCAUACCUUCCAGCAAUUUUUGGCAGUGCGAAGUCUCUUUGGUCUGUUCAUGGGAGGUGUAUAUGGAAAUGCUAUAGCCAUGGCUUUGGAGCAUUGCCCUGUCAAUGCGCGUGGCCUCAUGUCCGGAAUCCUUCAGCAAGGGUACUCACUGGGAUACGUGUUCGCAGCUUGUGCCAACCUGGGCGUCGGUGGCUCAACGGAUAGCUGGAAGACAGUAUUUUGGAUUGCAGCUGGUAUUUCUAUUGGAAUUGGCCUUUUGCGCAUUGUAUUUCCAGAGUCGAAGCAGUUUCUCGAGGCCAAGAAGGCUGGUAAGCGGUACACAAGCGCGGGUGAAUUCUGGAAGGAGACAAAAUUCAUGGUGGGCAAGGAGUGGCGGAUGUGUGUCUAUUGUGUCAUUCUCAUGACCUGGUUUAAUUUCUACUCCCACACCUCACAAGAUUCAUAUACCACCUUCAUGCUCACCCAGAAAGAGCUCGACAACUCUGGGGCAUCACGGGCAUCAAUUCUCAUGAAGACCGGAGCAUGCGUCGGUGGGACAAUUAUUGGAUACUUAUCGCAAUUCGUGGGCCGCCGUCGUGCCAUCAUUGUUGCAGCUCUGCUUUCGGCAUUUAUGAUCCCGGCAUGGAUCCUCCCAGAAGGUGAACGCGCAUUGAGUGCGACCGGAUUCUUCAUCCAAUUCUUCAUCCAGGGAGCAUGGGGAGUGAUCCCAAUCCAUCUGAACGAGCUGUCCCCUCCGGCAUUCCGAUCUUCCUUCCCUGGCCUCACUUACCAACUUGGCAACAUGAUCAGCUCCCCGUCGGCGCAGAUUGUGAACGCCAUUGCGGAACACACUUGGGUGACCACAGCAUCCGGUGCUCGUGCCUCAGCUUAUGGUCCCGUCAUGGGUGUCGCUACAGCCAUCAUCGCCCUCGGAAUCAUGUUCACCACUGCUAUUGGGCCCGAGAAACGCGGCCGUCGCUUUGAAAGUGCUGUGGCUGGCGUGGAAGAUUUGACCCCCGCAAAGAGCUUGGACUUGGAGGCUGGUGAUGAUCAUGCGAUGAAUGAGAUGGAGAUGAAAGAACAGAGAAAGUGA